AUGGUAAAGGAAGAUGUGAUGAAUGAGAAGAUUGGGAAGUUUAAUGAGAUUGGGGAUGUGGAGAAUGUGGAGGAUGUGGUCCUCAAGGAUGAUGAUGUGCAGAUUGAGGAUGGGGUGGAUAAGGUGAUUGAGAUGGUGGAGGAAGAUGUGAUGAAUGGUGAAAAAUUUGAGAAGUUUAAUGAGAUUGAGGAUGUGGAGGAUGUGGAGAAGAAGUUGAAUCAUGUGGUGGAUAAGGUGAAUGAGAUGGUGGAGAAAGAUGUGAUGAAUGGUGAGAAGAUUGAGAAGUUUAAUAAGAUUGAGGAUGUGGAAAAUGUGAAUGAGAAGGAUGUGGUCAUCAAGUAUGAUGAUGUGCAAAAGUUGAAUGAUGUGGUGGAUAAGGUGAAUGAGAAGGUGAAAGAAAAUGUGAUGAAUGAGAAUGAUGUUGUGCUGAAGGAUGAGUUUAAUGAGAAGAUUGAGGAUGUGGCUGAUAAGAUGAAUGAUAAGGUGGAGGAGGAUGUGGUGCUGAAGGAUGAUGUGGAGGAAGAUGUGGUGAAUGAGAAGAUUACGGUGAUGAAGUAUGAGGAUUUGGAGAAAGAUGAGGAUUUUGAGAAGAUUGAGGAAGACAAUCAAAAGAUUGAGGAAGAUCUGGUGAAGGAGAAGGUGGAUGUGAUGGUGGUGGAGAAGAAGGAUUUGGAGAAGAAGAAGGAGGACAAGAAGAAUGUGAAGGUGGAGAAGAAGGAAGACAAGGAGGAGGAGGAGGAGGAUGUAUUUGUGGAGAAGAAUAAUAAGGUGGAGAAGAAGGUAGACAAGGAGGAGGAGGAUGUAUCUGUGGAGAAGGUGGACAAGAAGGUGGAGAAAAAGGUAGACAAGGAGGAAGAGGAUGUGGUGGAAGUGAAGAAUACUGCAGUCCAAUAUAAGAGAAAGAGGUUGAGGUCGAAACUACUUACUCCCUACACCGACCCUUCAGAAAAAAAAAUGAGGGUCAAAGAUCCAAUCAAGGUCGAUCAUUUGGUGAAAUUUGAUCUGAAACUGCUGAAAGAGUUGAUGAGUUUGUUGAGGAAAACAAAUGAAUUUAAAAUGGUGGGUGUAAAUACUUGCUCUACAACCUAUAGAAUCUUCAAUACAAUGUUGAGGAAAGCUAAGUGGCUCACUGAUGAGGAUCUUGAAGCUGCAUUUAGGCACAUUUCUAAGUCAACUGAUGCGGUUGAAGAUGACCAUGCAAAUGGUGUUGUGUGCCUAGGGAAUUCCAACGGUCUGCAUUCUAUUGGUUCAAGCAAUAAUAUUUCUUUGCACCCUACUCCUUCUCAUGGAUAUGUGCCAAUUGCUGCCAAAGGGCAUAAAGAAUCUGGUUAUGCAUUGGCAAUGAAUGAUAAUGGAAACCUUCUCAUGUCUGGAGGAAUAAAGAAGGUACCUUCUAAUGGUUGGGGUAGUUCUUGUUUUCUUGGUUGUUGGAUUCAAAAAUUGCAUCGUCUUCGGACCUUACGAGGCUCACCUUGGGAUGACCUACGCUUUGUUGUUGGUCGCCCUUUCUUCACCUUAACAGGUGGUUUUAUGCACAUACAUUGCUUGAUAUUUUCGGGAAUAUCUCAAGUUUCUUCAUGA